AUAAGGCUGGUGGGCAUACAGCGCUUUAUUGAACUGUAGUUAAGUGUGGAAUUGUUAAGAGUAACAUCAACAAACCAAAAACAAGCAGGUAUCACAGAUAUUAAUCAAAAUCAUAUUUAAGAUUUAACGCAACGGGGAAUUCUAGGCUUUGAGUAUUUCUUAGUUCAGAUGCGAGGAAGUACAACAAACGCACACUUUACGUUUGUUUUGAGAAUUCGAUCAACGAAGUGAAGAGAUGGGGAGCACACCUGAUACUUACAGAGAUAGCCGGAAGUCUCGGCAUCACAAAAAAGAAUCAAGCCAUCGAAGGGAUGAGAAGAAGAAGAAUAAAAAGAAGAGUCGGCACAGAAGAAGAAGCUCCUCAGCUGAUUCAAGAUCCAGCUAUGCAUCAUCUGAUAGCGAUAGGCAAUCAAAAGAAGAAAAAAGAAAAUCUAAGAUUGAAGCUGAAAAAGAGAAAAUUAAAGCAGAAAAAGCAAAAGAGAAAGAACUUUUAAAGGCAUUAGAAACUCCUGAAGAAAAGAGAGCUCGUAGAUUGGCCAAAAAAGAAGCAAAGGAGAGAAAAGGUCGUGAAAAAAUGGGAUGGGAUAAGGAAUACAUGGGGUAUACCAACACUGACAACCCAUUUGGUGAUGGUAAACUUCUAAAUACUUUUGUGUGGCAUAAAAAACUGGAGAAGCAAGGCCUCACUGACCUUCCUGAUGCGCAGAAGAAGAAAUUGAUCAAGCAGAAGCAGGAGUCAAACAAAAUUGAACUAGAAAAAGUCAAACAACAAAGAUUGGAACGGGAGAGAGAACGUCAACAGAGAGAUGAGGAAAUGGAGUUGAUGCAACGUGAAAAGGAGGCAGAUCACUUCAAAGCAUGGGAGGACCAGGAAGACAAGUUUCAUCUCGAGCAAGCCAAACUGCGUUCUCGGAUUCGUAUUCAGGAUGGUAGAGCAAAACCGAUUGAUCUCCUUGCAAAUUAUGCAAGCAGUGCUCAGGAAGGAGCAGAGGACAUGUCAGGAGUGGAGAUGCAUGAACCAUAUACUUACUUAAAUGGACUUACCAUGUCAGAUCUUGAAGAUUUGCUGGAAGACAUCAAAGUUUACAUGGAGCUUGAACAAGGUAAAAAUGCAGAGUUUUGGAAGGACAUGACCGUUAUCACUGAAGAUGAAUUACAAACAUUGAAAAAGAUCGCUUGUGAGGAAGAGGGCACUUCUGCAAGAGAUUCACGGCGUGAGGGCAUCAACUCUGCAGUAUCCAAUGAUGUUGCUGCAUUAUUUAGAAGUAAAACUCAUUCCCAGCUGCUUGCUUUGAAGCAAAAAAUUACUGAGAAACUAGCAUCUGGUGGCUCCAGUGUUGAUAUUGGUUAUUGGGAGUCUCUUCUUUCACAGUUAAAAGCAUUUCUUGCCAGAGCAAGAUUACGGGAUCGCCACCAAGCUUUGCUUAAGGACAAACUCUACAGGUUAAAGCUUGAACAAAUGGGUGAAAAUAUGCCAGAGACUUCUGCUGCUACUACACAGGUUGCAGAGAUAUCAAAUUCACCUACGAAACAGGAGGAUGUGAGCAAAGAUGAGGAAGAGGAAGAGGAAGAGAGUAAACAAGUGAUUUUGACCGAGGGGGAUCUUGAACUGAAAUGCAUGGAAGAAUUUGAUGAGGGAAACUACUCUCCAACUCUUCUCUCCCUGCGUGAUCUUCCACCCGAUGUUGUUCUCCUUGAUCCGGAAGAGGAUGGGAUGACAAUUGAAGGCAAGAGGAAGCUGCUCACUAAGACUGGUGAUGCAGGAACAGGACAGGAGGAUGCUUUCAUCCGAAGAGCAAAGGAGGGAAUGGACACCCAGGAAGAAGCAUCAUUUGCAGUUGAAGCUAAUUUAUCGCAUCAGGUUUUCUUAUGGGCGGAUAAAUACAGACCACGAAAACCCCGUUUUUUCAACCGUGUUCACACUGGAUUUGAGUGGAACAAGUACAACCAAACUCACUACGAUUUUGACAACCCACCCCCCAAAGUGGUACAGGGAUACAAGUUCAAUAUAUUUUAUCCUGAUCUUAUUGAAAAGCAUGUUCCACCAACUUACACAAUUACACCAGACGGAGAUACAGAUUUUGCGGUUUUAAAAUUCUCUGCCGGCCCACCCUACCAGGAUAUUGCAUUCAAGAUUGUAAACAGGGAAUGGGAAUAUUCACAUAAACAUGGCUUUAGGUGCCAGUUUCUUAACAGCAUUUUUCAACUGUGGUUCCACUUUAAAAGAUACAGAUACAGGCGCUGAGGUGACUAACAGGUCAGUUUCUAAUGGCAAUCAAACUCAUUCUCGGCAGCUUUCUCACAUAAGAGGUGUGAGGGAAAACUCUGCAAUCCAAGGCAGAAGAUUUUAGCGAUUUUUAUUAAAUACAAUUUUACUGAUAUUA